AUGUUACCUCCAGUAAAGAGGUCUCCUUUUGUGAUUCGUGAAGUUCCUAUUGAUACUACUUUGACAAAGGAAGAGAACAUAAUAUCUAACUGGAAUCCUGGAUAUAUGCACGUCAAAGGAACUAAAAGUGAAGAAGAGUAUAAAAAUUUCAAAGAGAAUGUCCUUCAGUGUUUGGGUGUAUCGGAAGAUAGGAGAUGUUUAAAAGGAUUUGAUAUGAAGUAUAUGUUUGGGAGGUAUCUUCUUGAAAUUAAUCAUAAUAUGGCGUUUUCGGUUCAAUAUGAAAUUGAUUUUUUGAUCAGGGGCCCAUUAGCACAAUGGGAAUGUGGAUUUAAAAAGGAAGGUGCUAAUCAAUUACAUCAAACUAGGAAGCUGCGGAGGAGGUAUUGUUUGAAAAUUUUGUUGAGUGAGGUGAACAUAAUGAAGCCUGAAGUUGAAAAUCUAAUUGGUCAAUAUCAAAGGAUGUCUCAUGAUGAUAGGCGUAAAUUAUAUCUAGAUGGUAUAGUUAAAAUAGGAUCUCGUCUAGCAACUUUUGGUCCAUGA